GACUCCGCUCUUCAUUCCCGUUCAAUGAAAGAGGAGACGCUGUUUACAUCAAUUUUUGGGUUUUCUAAUCCAUUUUUUGGACCUCCAACAGCAACAUGGUUGUCAUUGAGAGGACGUUUUCUCUGAGCAGCAGCUCUGGAAGCCAGAAUAGAAACUCCCCUCUGGACCAGCAGGAACCUCCUCACAUUAAAGUGGAACAAGAGGAACCAGAACCCCAACAGAUUAAAGAGGAGGAGAUGGAGGAACUACUUCAUCCACAGGUUAAAGAGGAAGAGAUGGAGGAGGAACUAGAUCACCCACAGGUUAAAGAGGAAGAGGAAAUCUACACCUGUGAAGACAUCAAGCAGGAGACUGAUGCCUCUCUUCAAACUGUUACUGAUGAGAAAAUUGACUCACAGCCAGAUGAAGAGCUUCACCUUGGUCACCCUGUGCCGGCUGUGAGUCACGACCAUCAAAGAACCUGUGAAGAUUCAGGGCCACAAAGAAAUGAAGACUCUACAUUAAACAACAGAGUUCAAACAGACAGGAGGGAUUAUUGUGAUAUUUGUCAUAAACAUUUCAAACACAGUCAAAAAUCACUAAAAGUCCGCAGAAUUCACAAAUGUGAGAUGCCAUGUUUUUGUAAAGUGUGUGAAAAAAGUUUCUGUCAGACUGAUCAUUUGACUGUCCACAUGAGAACUCACAAAGGUGAGAAGCUGCAUUCAUGUGAAACAUGUGGGAAAAGUUAUGGUUACAGAAGUCAAUUGACUGCCCACAUGAGGAUCCACACAGGUGAGAAACCUUAUUCUUGCGAAACCUGUGGAAAAUGUUUCAGUCGCCGAGAACAAUUGACUGUCCACAUAAGGACUCACACAGGUGAGAAGCCAUAUUCUUGUAAAACAUGUGGGAAAAACUAUGAUUACAGAAGUCAGUUGACUGUCCACAUGAGGACUCACACAGGUGAGAAGCCUUAUUCUUGUGAAACCUGUGGAAAAACAUUUCAUAGUGGAAAUAAUUUGACUGUCCACAUGAGGACUCACUCAGGUGAGAAGCCUUAUUCUUGUGAUAUGUGUGGGAAAACAUUUGUUCACCAACAUCAUUUAUCUGUCCACAUGAGGACUCACACAGGUGAGAAGCCAUAUGAUUGUUUGACAUGUGGGAAAUGUUUCAGUCGCCGAGAACAGCUGACUGUUCACAUGAGGUCUCACACAGAUGAGAAUCCUUAUUUUUGUAAAACGUGUGGGAAAAACUAUGAUUACAGGAGUCAGUUGACUCUCCACAUGAGGACUCACACAGGUGAGCGGCCUUAUUCUUGUAAAACAUGUAGCAAAACUUUUCGUUCCAAUCAUGAUUUGACUGUCCACAUGAGGACUCACACAGGUGAAAAGCCUUAUUCUUGUGAAACGUGUGGUGAAGCUUUCCGUUACAGCUCCCACUUCACUGCCCACAAAAGAAUUCACAUGGAUUAAAAGCCUUUUUCCUGUAAAACAUGUUGUAAAAAGUUUCAGUCAGAGUGGAAAAUUGACUGUCAACAUGAAGAUUUGCACCAGUUGGAAGCAUUUUUCUCGUUAAAGAUGGAAAAUGUGUCAGUGAUCAUUUGGCACUCCAAGUCAGGAUUCACCCUGGUGAGAAUGAGAAAUAGUUUUGAAGGACAUCUGGAACAGUUAUGUUAUUUUAAUGUUAUUCAGUUUGUUUCCAUUUGUGGGACAGUGAGUCAUGGAAGUUAAUGCACCGCGCUGUAGGAAAUUUUUCCAUCACUUUCUUUUUGAAUCAAUCAA